AUGAAGGGAGGUUUAAUUAGAGACGGUGAUAGCGAGAAGUUAUUACAGCUAGCGCGAGAUAUGGAGAAUUGUCAGAUCAACUUAACUCGACUCGGCUGCGAGUCUGAAAUUAAUGCUCAAAGCAAUCUUGAGAGAAUCGUUGCACGGCUGCCCAGGUACAUACAGGCGGAGUGGGCGAAAGAAGCCUUUGCUUUGUUGGAAAAAGGGAAAAUCCCUACUUUCAAGAAUUUGACAAGUUUCGUGACUUUAAAAGCGAAAUUGGCGAGUAGCGCAUUUGGUAAACUGAUUGGUGCAAAGCCUCAAGAUGACAAAUAUCCGAAAUCAAAGAGAAACCCUCAAGGCGCAUCCUUUGCAGCUGAAGGCGGAUUGAAAAUUCUUACGUGUUACCAUUGUAAGAAGACUGGACACUUGUUAGAAAGAUGUUUCUCCUUCAGAAAAGAACCUUUGAAUGUCAGAAAGGACGUGGUACGGAACGAGAAGCUCUGCAACUUAUGUCUUUGUAAGGGCCACUUCGAAAAGCAGUGCAGACGGAAAGAAACGUGUAUGGUAGCUGAAUGUGGACAACGUCACCACAGCUUGUUGCAUCCAGUGCCGCAGUCCAAAGAAGAGAAAGAAUCUCUGAAGGUCGAAGAACAAGUUGACAAGAAUAACAAGAUAGAAGGAGAAACAAGUAAAGGUCAUUGCACAGCCACUGGGGCCGGUAGGCCAGGAGUUCGUUUGCGUGUAAUCCCUGUGACAGUUCGUGGUAUCGAUGAAGCACACGAAGUUCAAACAUAUGCGCUGUUAGACGAUGGGUCAGAUGUAUCUCUAUGCGAUAGCAGUCUCGUUAAGCGACUCGGGAUUACAGGUGUUCCAACGACAUUCUCCUGA